UGUUAAUUUAACGUAUUUCCCCAAUCGUUGGCAGUUUCUGGCUUAAUAUAAGUUCAUCAAUUAAAAUUAACAAGGAAUUAAAAAUCCACUAGUAUUGGUACCUUUGAGUUCAGGGGUUGGUAGUUAGGGUGUAAACUCGGCCCUCUAGUGUGAAAACUUCACGUCACCAUUUGUCAAUCAUGUUUGUCAUUAUUCGUGAGAGAUGGGUGUAAAAUGGAUGUGUUUGUUUACGAGCAGAAACUACCAUUAAAAUUUCAUGAAAUGACUUUGCGAUCGCGAUGGGAGGUUGUAUAGGUAUAACACGUAGUAGAAGUGGAGCUAUCGACGAUUCGUCUGGAUCUAUCAGUCGACCUAACUCGGGUAGUCAACGAAAAAAUCAUCCCUUGUGCCAUGAAACGAUCAGGUGGAAGUCCGACGUACCUCUAACCGAAGGUCAACUACGAAGUAAACGAGAUGAGUUCUGGGACACAGCCCCAGCAUUCGAGGGGCGCAAGGAAAUCUGGGACGCCCUCAGGGCGGCAGCGGUGGCUGCCGAAGCUAUGGACUACGAGUUAGCCCAGGCUAUAUUAGACGGGGCCAGUGUUUCCGUACCAAAUGGUUAUCUAACGGAGUGUUACGAUGAGUUAGGUGCGCGAUAUCAGGUUCCGAUUUAUUGCCUUUCGUAUCCGAUUAAUAUCGUGAAGGAAGAUGGUAGGGACUCGCCGGCAGAAUGCUCAGAGCCUGUCGAUGGGGGCACAGAGACUGUUUUAAAAUUGCGACUGUCCCACUCGUGUUCAGAUGUCAAGCUGUCCGUAUAUUCGACCGAUACCAUCAGUAUGUGUAAAAAGAAGUUACAGAGCCAGGAGGGCAUAGAAUCGUCGAGACAGCGGUGGUUCUACGGGGGCAAGCUGCUGGGCGACAAGCUGCACGUGGAAGAGGCAAAGAUACCAUCCGGGUACGUCGUACAAGUGAUCGUUAACAUGGAAAGUUCGCCCGUUCUGAAGAAGGCUUCGUAGACGGGGAAGCCGAGCGUCAAUUUCGGGGUGUCACUAUAGCAACCUCAGAUGACGACCAGUGAGACACCCAGGAGGGUGUUGUGUAAAAUUCCCCAAGAGAAUUUAGUGAACCAACAAACGUAGUUAGGAUUUAAAACAUGGACCAUAUCAUAUAGUUGUAAAAAAAUGAUGCAAAGAAUAAUUUCAACGAGAUUUAAAGUUUUUACGAUACUUAGGGUGUUUAUAGAAUAACUGACAGGAUAGGUUUUGAAAUCGAUGAUUUAAAUGGUCAGUUAUUUGUUGAUCACCCUGUUGUUAUGCAGAUUUUCCGCGUCAAACUUGCAUUUAUCACAUUUUCUUUGACUGAAUAUGAUAUUUUUUGUACAGUUCAUAUGUUCUUAAGGUUAAUUCGCUUCUAUGACUGGAUAAUGCUUGUUGUAAUAUAUAAUUUAAUUUGCCAUUACAUUAGUCCUGCCCGUCGAUGCAUAUUUAAACGAGGAGGGAUGGAUUAUGGUUUUAUUUAAGUUUUGUACGACAUAUUUAUUGUAUCGCGUCACUAAGAUAUUAGAAAACGGUGGGUAGAUUAAUCGAUAACACUUUUAUUGCUACUAUUUAUCGUGAUAUACGAGGGGCUCAGCAUAAUGACACGUACGUUGGAAAAUAUCAGGGAAUAAAUAAUCACUCACGUUUUAUUAUUCUACAUUGAAAUGUUUCAGCAUCGCCGCUAAAUUUUUAUGGUUUCCGUUAUUCAGCAACGUGUAUCGAUCCAACAAAGCUAGCAUUUAUUUUUUUAUCUCGAUUUUUUUAUAACGACAUGCCUUUUCCUCAAAUAUAAGUAAUUUUAAAGAUAUUUUCAAUGCGGUCCAUCCCUUGCAAGCAUUUUGUAAUUUAUAUUUGUAAAUUUGUAAGUUUUUUGAAUAAAAUAUUGCUUUUUCACGAUUUUAUCGCCGAACCAGGUGAUUCGAUUUCUGCACAAAAAACCAAACGUUUCUUUAGAAAUUCGCACCACUCUGUUGAAAUCUGUUAGAAUCGUCAAGUUUAACCUUGUUUCCACAAUAACACUAACAAAUGACGACUUUCUAACAUUUUUAACAGACAAAUGUCAAAUUUCUAACCUCAAUCUCGGCGCCAUAUUUACAGAUCUGUCAAACUGUCAUGGCCUUCCACGGAAACAAAUUACAAUUUUGUUGCUUCUCUGGAAAAUGUAAAACCUGCAAUUGUUUUUACCUAAACAGUUCGUUGCGACGAAAGACACACUGUUCUUGUCUUGUAAUUGUAAAUGGCACUCCCCAUUUGAAUUCGUAAUAGCAUUUGUUGCCAUUUCAAUGUUUCCUGUAUCCCUAAUCAAAUAAUUUUCUUUUCAUUUCGAGUGCAGUAUAAUUGCUCGCGGUGUAAAAGCGUUUUGAAACAUAAACGCUCUCCUUACACGUAAGAAUCGGUCGUUUUUCAAUGCCGAAGCUAUCCGUACUCGCUUUCACUCUUUCCUGAGCUUCGAACCCUAUGAAUGGCCUAAAACUGUAAAUAGAAGCGGCACGCUUUAUUUUUGUAAGCUUUAAACACUAGUAGGAGGGGAAAUAACAUUGCAGGUGACGUAACGUAAUACUCACGAUGAUGAGCAACAAAGACUGGAAAGUGAACAAUAAAAAAAAAGUCUUAAUAAUGAAAGAGCAAUAGGGUUACGAGUCAAACGCGGGAUCACGUGCACACUAUAUUCUCGAUAGAAGUAAUUUUUUUAAUAUUGAAGUGUUUUAUAAAGAUUGUAUCGGUGUGUAAAUAAAUAAAUAGAUUACAAUAAAAGUUUGUUACGAG